CCUCCCUCCCUCCCUGGCCCCUCCAUUCUUGUGCCCCCGACCAGACCUUCAUUCUCUUUUUGGAUCCUUGCGCCCUUCCCCUCCGUCCCUCCCUCCCUCCCACUCUCUCUCUCUCUCUCUCUCUCUCUCUCUCUCUUACUAGAGCAGAGGAAGUCGCUGUAAUUCUCUGCAGCUUGUUACAACAAAUUCCACCUCUCCUUUUGGUGCGAUGUCGUCAGCCGCCGUGAGCUCGGCGUCUUCUUGCUCCGGCAAGCUCAAGGAGGAGGAGACGCCGCAGGGGAGGCAGAUGGAGCGGGAACGACGACGCGCGGAGGAGUGCAGCUCCGCCGCCGGGGAGCAGGAGCAGAGCGUGGGCGCGGUGGACAGGAAGCUCAGCGAGGCGUCGCUGUGCGCCAGCGCCAACGACGAGGAGGAGGACGAGGACGAGGAGGCGGCGGCGGCGGCGAAGGACGCCAUCGAGCUCGGCCCCAGGGUCAGCAUCAAGGAGCAGCUCGACAAGGACAAGGAUGAUGAGAGCCUGAGGCGAUGGAAGGAGCAGCUGCUGGGCAGCGUCGACUUGAGCUCCGUUGGAGAGACGCUGGAGCCGGACGUGAAGAUCACGGGCCUGUCCAUCCUGUCGCCUGGGCGGCGGGACAUGGUGCUACCGCUGCCGCCGGAGCCCAAGAGCAAGGAGCCGUGGUUCACGCUCAAGGAGGGCAGCGCCUAUCGGCUCAAGUUCACCUUCGCCGUCGCCGGCAACAUCGUCUCGGGCCUCCGCUAUACCAACACCGUCUGGAAGACCGGUAUCAGAGUGGACAGCACCAAGGAGAUGCUGGGGACGUUCAGCCCCCAGGCGGAGCCCUACACCUACGUGACGCCUGAGGAGACCACCCCGUCCGGGAUCUUUGCCCGGGGAUCAUACUCUGCACGAACAAAGUUUGUCGACGACGAUCGCAAGUGCUACCUGGAGAUGAACUACACCUUCGACAUCCGCCGGGACUGGCCGUCAAGCUGAUGAGCAGAGUGCUUUCCAAUCCCUGACUUAUUCGUAUGCUUGACGUGGGGGGUACAAGCUUUGGUUCUGAAUGUCCCAAGCUGUUGCCAUUGCCCAAUAACUUAAUGACACAGCUCUGGUGUGUGUUUCGAUUACACUUACACCUCUGCUGGUGGCUUUGUUGAGGUUGUUUCAGUCUGUGUCGUGCACCUUGGAGGUUUCUUUGUAGAAGAUGUAGCUAUUUUCUUCUAUAAACAGUUUGACGGUUUUCAUACAUCUCCAA